AUGCCCUUCAAACGCUCUUCCCCCACUGCUCAAAGCACCACUUCACAUGCUGUCCCCUCCUCCUUUUCAACCCCCAACCCCAACAGGUGCUCGACGCCUCGUGGUACAUGCCUGCGAGGAAAUGCCGCCUCCUUCAAUGCUCCAUCCCCACGUCUCAACCCUCCCCUCCUCUUUACCCACCCCACGCCCUCUUCCCCACUCUUAACCCCAGCAGGUGCUCGACUCCUUGUCCUGGACGCCUCGUGGUACAUGCCUGCAGAGAAACGCCUCUCGUUUCACACCUCAGUGCUCAACGCCCCACUUCACAUCCUUCCCCCAACCCCACUUCCCCCUUUAAACCCCUCACCAUCAGGUCCUGGACGCCUCGUGGUCCUGGACGCCUCGUGGUACAUGCCUGCAGAGAAACGCCAGCCGUUUGAGGAGUUUCAGCAUGGGAGGAUCCCAGGAGCAAUCUUCUUUGAUAUUGACGCCAUUGCUGACCCCACCACAGAUCUUCCCCACAUGCUGCCGACAGAGGCCGCCUUUUCUGCAGCUGCGUCAGCUUUGGGUUUGUCAUCUAGUGACAGCAUAGUGGUGUACGAUGGCAAGGGACUCUUCAGCGCCGCCAGAGCGUGGUGGAUGUUCCGUGCAUUCGGACAGCCACACGUGGCAGUGCUGGACGGCGGGCUGCCAGCCUGGCGGGCGGCAGGUUACCCAGUGGAGGCAGAGCCGUCGGACAAGGCGGCCGGGCGGCACAAGGCGGCUGCUACUGCCAUCAAGGACAGUUACUCUACAAAGGCCGCAUCCAACCGCCUGCUCACCUUCAAUGCCAAGCUGCAGCCCAACCUCAUCCUGUCCGUUGAUCAGGUGAAGGCGAAUAUCGAGAAUAAGGUGUAUCAAGUGAGCGAUGCCCGCUCUGCUGGCCGGUCCUGA